GUCAGUCCCUCAGCCGCAGGUCAGUCCCUCAGCCGCAGGUCCGUCCCUCAGCCGCAGGUCAGUCCUCAGCCGCGCAGGUCAGUCCCUCAGCCGCAGGUCAGUCCCUCAGCCGCAGGUCAGUCCCUCAGCCGCAGGUCAGUCCCUCAGCCGCAGGUCAGUCCCUCAGCCGCAGGUCAGUCCCUCAGCCGCAGGUCAGUCCCUCAGCCGCAGGUCAGUCCUCAGCCGCAGGUCAGUCCCUCAGCCGCAGGUCAGUCCCUCAGCCGCAGGUCAGUCCCCUCAGCCGCAGGUCAGUCCCUCAGCCGCAGGUCAGUCCCUCAGCCGCAGUCAGUCCCUCAGCCGCAGGUCAGUCCCUCAGCCGCAGGUCAGUCCCUCAGCCGCAGGUCAGUUCCCUCAGCCGCAGGUCAGUCCCUCAGCCGCAGGUCAGUCCCUCAGCCGCAGGUCAGUCCCUCAGCCGCAGGUCAGUCCCUCAGCCGCAGGUCAGUCCCUCAGCCGCAGGUCAGUCCCUCAGCAGCAGGUCAGUCCCUCAGCCGCAGGUCAGUCCCUCAGCCGCAGGUCAGUCCCUCAGCCGCAUGUUCAGUCCCUCAGCGCAGGUCAGUCCCUCAGCCGCAGGUCAGUCCCUCAGCCGCAGGUCAGUCCCUUCAGCCGCAGGUCGUCCUCAGCCGCAGGUCAGUCCCUCAGCCGCAGGUCAGUCCCUCAGCCGCAGGUCAGUCCCCAGCCGCAGGUCAGUCCCUCAGCCGCAGGUCAGUCCCUCAGCCGCAGGUCAGUCCCUCAGCCGCAGGUCAGUCCCUCAGCCGCCAGGUCAGUCCCCUCAGCCGCAGGUCAGUCCCUCAGCCGCAGGUCAGUCCCUCAGCCGCAGGUCAGUCCCUCCCCGCGGUCAGGUCCCUCAGGCAGGUCAGUCCCUCAGCCGCAGGUCAGCCCUCAGCCCGCAGGUCAGUCCCUCAGCCGCAGGUCAGUCCCUCAGCCGCAGGUCAGUCCUCAGCCGCAGGUCAGUCCCUCAGCCGCAGGUCAGUCCCUCAGCCGCAGGUCAGUCCCUCAGCCGCAGGUCAGUCCCUCAGCCGCAGGUCAGUCCCUCAGCCGCAGGUCAGUCCCUCAGCCGCAGGUCAGUCCCUCAGCCGCAGGUCAGUCCCUCAGCCGCAGGUCAGUCCCUCAGCCGCAGGUCAGUCCCUCAGCCGCAGGUCAGUCCCUCAGCCGCAGGUCAGUCCCUCAGCCGCAGGUCAGUCCCUCAGCCGCAGGUCAGUCCCUCAGCCGCAGGUCAGUCCCUCAGCCGCAGGUCAGUCCCUCAGCCGCAGGUCAGUCCCUCAGCCGCAGGUCAGUCCCUCAGCCGCAGGUCAGUCCCUCAGCCGCAGGUCAGUCCCUCAGCCGCAGGUCAGUCCCUCAGCCGCAGGUCAGUCCCUCAGCCGCAGGUCAGUCCUCAGCCGCAGGUCAGUCCCUCAGCCGCAGGUCAGUCCCUCAGCCGCAGGUCAGUCCCUCAGCCGCAGGUCAGUCCCUCAGCCGCAGGUCAGUCCCUCAGCCGCAGGUCAGUCCCUCAGCGCAGGUCAGUCCCUCAGCCGCAGGUCAGUCCCUCAGCCGCAGGUCAGUCCCUCAGCCGCAGGUCAGUCCCUCAGCCGCAGGUCAGUCCCUCAGCCGCAGGUCAGUCCCUCAGCCGCAGGUCAGUCCCUCAGCCGCAGGUCAGCUCCCUCAGCCGCAGGUCAGUCCCUCAGCCGCAGGUCAGUCCCUCAGCCGCAGGUAGUCCCCAGCCGCAGGUCAGUCCCUCAGCCGCAGGUCAGUCCCUCAGCCGCAGGUCAGUCCCUCAGCCGCAGGUCAGUCCCUCAGCCGCAGUGUCAGUUCCCUUCAGCCGCAGGUCAGUCCCUCAGCCGCAGGUCAGUCCCUCAGCCGCAGGUCAGUCCCUCAGCCGCAAGGUUCAGUCCCUCAGCCGCAGGUCAGUCCCUCAGCCGCAAGGCUCAGUCGCCUCAGCCGCAGGUCAGUCCCUCAGCCGCAGGUCAGUCCCCUCAGCCGCAGUCGCCCUCAGCCGCAGGUCAGUCCCUCAGCGCAGGUCAGUCCCUCAGCCGCAGGUCAGUCCCUCAGCCGCAGGUCAGUCCCUCAGCCGCAGGUCAGUCCCUCAGCCGCAGGUCAGUCCCUCAGCCGCAGGUCAGUCCCUCAGCCGCAGGUCAGUCCCUCAGCCGCAGGUCAGUCCCUCAGCCGCAGGUCAGUCCCUCAGCCGCAGGUCAGUCCCUCAGCCGCAGGUCAGUCCCUCAGCCGCAGGUCAGUCCCUCAGCCGCAGGUCAGUCCCUCAGCCGCAGGUCAGUCCCUCAGCCGCAGGUCAGUCCCUCAGCCGCAGGUCAGUCCCUCAGCCGCAGGUCAGUCCCUCAGCCGCAGGUCAGUCCCUCAGCCGCAGGUCAGUCCCUCAGCCGCAGGUCAGUCCCUCAGCCGCAGGUCAGUCCCUCAGCCGCAGGUCAGUCCCUCAGCCGCAGGUCAGUCCCUCAGCCGCAGGUCAGUCCCUCAGCCGCAGGUCAGUCCCUCAGCCGCAGGUCAGUCCCUCAGCCGCAGGUCAGUCCCUCAGCCGCAGGUCAGUCCCUCAGCCGCAGGUCAGUCCCUCAGCCGCAGGUCAGUCCCUCAGCCGCAGGUCAGUCCCUCAGCCGCAGGUCAGUCCCUCAGCCGCAGGUCAGUCCCUCAGCCGCAGGUCAGUCCCUCAGCCGCAGGUCAGUCCCUCAGCCGCAGGUCAGUCCCUCAGCCGCAGGUCAGUCCCUCAGCCGCAGGUCAGUCCCUCAGCCGCAGGUCAGUCCCUCAGCCGCAGGUCAGUCCCUCAGCCGCAGGUCAGUCCCUCAGCGCAGGUCAGUCCCUCAGCCGCAGGUCAGUCCCUCAGCCGCAGGUCAGUCCCUCAGCCGCAGGUCAGUCCCUCAGCCGCAGGUCAGUCCCUCAGCCGCAGGUCAGUCCCUCAGCCGCAGGUCAGUCCCUCAGCCGCAGGUCAGUCCUCAGCCGCAGGUCAGUCCCUCAGCCGCAGGUCAGUCCCUCAGCCGCAGGUCAGUCCUCAGCCGCAGGUCAGUCCCUCAGCCGCAGGUCAGUCCCUCAGCCGCAGGUCAGUCCCUCAGCCGCAGGUCAGUCCCUCAGCCGCAGGUCGUCCCUCAGCCGCAGGUCCAGUCCCCUCAGCCGCAGGUCAGUCCCUCAGCCGCAGGUCAGUCCCUCAGCCGCAGGUCAGUCCCCUCAGCGCAGGUCAGUCCCUCAGCCGCAGGUCAGUCCCUCAGCCGCAGGUCAGUCCCUCAGCCGCAGGUCAGCCCUCAGCCGCAGGUCAGUCCCUCAGCCGCAGGUCAGUCCCUCAGCCGCAGGUCAGGUCCCUCAGCCGCAGGUCAGUCCCUCAGCCGCAGGUCAGUCCCCUCAGCCGCAGGUCAGUCCCUCAAGCCGCAGGUCAGUCCCUCAGCCGCAGGUCAGUCCCUCAGCCGCAGGUCAGUCCCUCAGCCGCAGGUCAGGUCAGUCCCUCAGCCGCAGGUCAGUCCCUCAGCCGCAGGUCAGUCCCUCAGCCGCAGGUCAGUCCCUCAGCCGCAGGUCAGUCCCUCAGCCGCAGGUCAGUCCCUCAGCCGCAGGUCAGUCCCCUCAGCCGCAGGUCAGUCCCUCAGCCGCAGGUCAGUCCCUCAGCCGCAGGUCAGUCCCUCAGCCGCAGGUCAGUCCCUCAGCCGCAGGUCAGUCCCUCAGCCGCAGGUCAGUCCCUCAGCCGCAGGUCAGUCCCUCAGCCGCAGGUCAGUCCCUCAGCCGCAGGCAGUCAGUCCCUCAGCCGCAGGUCAGUCCCUCAGCCGCAGGUCAGUCCCUCAGCCGCAGGUCAGUCCCUCAGCCGCAGGUCAGUCAGCCCUUAGCCGCAGGUCAGUCAGUCCCUCAGCCGCAGGUCAGUCAGUACCUCAGCCGCAGGUCAGUCCCUCAGCCGCAGGUCAGUCCCUCAGCCGCAGGUCAGUCCCUCAGCCGCAGGUCAGUCAGUCCCUCAGCCGCAGGUCAGUCAGUCCCUCAGCCGCAGGUCAGUCAGUCCCUCAGCCGCAGGUCAGUCCCUCAGCCGCAGGUCGGUCAGUCCCUCAGCCGCAGGUCGGUCAGUCCCUCAGCCGCAGGUCAGUCCCUCAGCCGCAGGUCAGUCCCUCAGCCGCAGGUCAGUCCCUCAGCCGCAGGUCAGUCCCUCAGCCGCAGGUCAGUCAGUCCCUCAGCCGCAGGUCAGUCCCUCAGCCGCAGGUCAGUCCCUCAGCCGCAGGUCAGUCCCUCAGCCGCAGGUCAGUCAGUCCCUCAGCCGCAGGUCAGUCAGUCCCUCAGCCGCAGGUCAGUCCCUCAGCCGCAGGUCAGUCCCUCAGCCGCAGGUCAGUCCCUCAGCCGCAGGUCAGUCCCUCAGCCGCAGGUCAGUCCCUCAGCCGCAGGUCAGUCCCUCAGCCGCAGGUCAGUCCCUCAGCCGCAGGUCAGUCCCUCAGCCGCAGGUCAGUCCCUCAGCCGCAGGUCAGUCCCUCAGCCGCAGGUCAGUCCCUCAGCCGCAGGUCAGUCCUCAGCCGCAGGUCAGUCCCCCUCAGCCGCAGGUCAGUCCCUCAGCCGCAGGUCAGUCCCUCAGCCGCAGGUCAGUCCCUCAGCCGCAGGUCAGUCCCUCAGCCGCAGGUCAGUCCCUCAGCCGCAGGUCAGUCCCUCAGCCGCAGGUCAGUCCCUCAGCCGCAGGUCAGUCCCUCAGCCGCAGGUCAGUCCCUCAGCCGCAGGUCAGUCCCUCAGCCGCAGGUCAGUCCCUCAGCCGCAGGUCAGUCCCUCAGCCGCAGGUCAGUCCCUCAGCCGCAGGUCAGUCCCUCAGCCGCAGGUCAGUCCCUCAGCCGCAGGUCAGUCCCUCAGCCGCAGGCAGUCCCUCAGCCGCAGGUCAGUCCCUCAGCCGCAGGUCAGUCCCUCAGCCCCGCAGGUCAGUCCCUCAGCCGCAGGUCAGUCCCUCAGCCGCAGGUCAGUCCCCAGCCGCAGGUCCAGUCCCUCAGCCGCAGGUCAGUCCCUCAGCCGCAGGUCAGUCCCUCAGCCGCAGGUCAGUCCCUCAGCCGCAGGUCAGUCCCUCAGCCGCAGGUCAGUCCCUCAGCGCAGGUCAGUCCCUCAGCCGCAGGUCAGUCCCUCAGCCGCAGGUCAGUCCCUCAGCCGCAGGUCAGUCCCUCAGCCGCAGUUCAGUCCCUCAGCCGCAGGUCAGUCCCUCAGCCGCAGGUCAGUCCCUCAGCCGCAGGUCAGUCCCUCAGCCGCCAGGUCAGUCCCUCAGCCGCAGGUCAGUCCCUCAGCCGCAGGUCAGUCCCUCAGCCGCAGGUCAGUCCCUCAGCCGCAGGUCAGUCCCUCAGCCGCAGGUCAGUCCCUCAGCCGCAGGUCAGUCCCUCAGCCGCAGGUCAGUCCCUCAGCCGCAGGUCAGUCCCUCAGCCGCAGGUCAGUCCCUCAGCCGCAGGUCAGUCCCUCAGCCGCAGGUCAGUCCCUCAGCCGCAGGUCAGUCCCUCAGCCGCAGGUCAGUCCCUCAGCCGCAGGUCAGUCCCUCAGCCGCAGGUCAGUCCCUCAGCCGCAGGUCAGUCCCUCAGCCGCAGGUCAGUCCCUCAGCCGCAGGUCAGUCCCUCAGCCGCAGGUCAGUCCCUCAGCCGCAGGUCAGUCCCUCAGCCGCAGGUCAGUCCCCUCAGCCGCAGGUCAGUCCCUCAGCCGCAGGUCAGUCCCUCAGCCGCAGGUCAGUCCCUCAGCCGCAGGUCAGUCCCUCAGCCGCAGGUCAGUCCCUCAGCCGCAGGUCAGUCCCUCAGCCGCAGGUCAGUCCCUCAGCCGCAGGUCAGUCCCUCAGCCGCAGGUCAGUCCCUCAGCCGCAGGUCAGUCCCUCAGCCGCAGGUCAGUCCCUCAGCCGCAGGUCAGUCCCUCAGCCGCAGGUCAGUCCUCAGCGCAGGUCAGUCCCUCAGCGCAGGUCAGUCCCUCAGCCGCAGGUCAGUCCCUCAGCCGCAGGUCAGUCCCUCAGCCGCAGGUCAGUCCCUCAGCCGCAGGUCAGUCCCUCAGCCGCAGGUCAGUCCCUCAGCCGCCAGGUCAGUCCCUCAGCCGCAGGUCAGUCCCUCAGCCGCAGGUCAGUCCCUCAGCCGCAGGUCAGGUCCCUCAGCCGCAGGUCAGUCCCUCAGCCGCAGGUCAGUCCCUCAGCCGCAGGUCAGUCCUCAGCCGCAGGUCAGUCCCUCAGCCGCAGGUCAGUCCCUCAGCCGCAGGUCAGUCCCUCAGCCGCAGGUCAGUCCCUCAGCCGCAGGUCAGUCCCUCAGCCGCAGGUCAGUCCCUCAGCCGCAGGUCAGUCCCUCAGCCGCAGGUCAGUCCUACAGCCGCAGGUCAGUCCCUCAGCCGCAGGUCAGUCCCUCAGCCGCAGGUCAGUCCCUCAGCCGCAGGUCAGUCCCUCAGCCGCAGGUCAGUCCCUCAGCCGCAGGUCAGUCCCUCAGCCGCAGGUCAGUCCCUCAGCCGCAGGUCAGUCCCUCAGCCGCAGGUCAGUCCCUCAGCCGCAGGUCAGUCCCUCAGCCGCAGGUCAGUCCCUCAGCCGCAGGUCAGUCCCUCAGCCGCAGGUCAGUCCCUCAGCCGCAGGUCAGUCCCUCAGCCGCAGGUCAGUCCCUCAGCCGCAGGUCAGUCCCUCAGCCGCAGGUCAGUCCCUCAGCCGCAGGUCAGUCCCUCAGCCGCAGGUCAGUCCCUCAGCCGCAGGUCAGUCCCUCAGCCGCAGGUCAGUCCCUCAGCCGCAGGUCAGUCCCUCAGCCGCAGGUCAGUCCCUCAGCCGCAGGUCAGUCCCUCAGCCGCAGGUCAGUCCCUCAGCCGCAGGUCAGUCCCUCAGCCGCAGGUCAGUCCCUCAGCCGCAGGUCAGUCCCUCAGCCGCAGGUCAGUCCCUCAGCCGCAGGUCAGUCCCUCAGCCGCAGGUCAGUCCCUCAGCCGCAGGUCAGUCCCUCAGCCGCAGGUCAGUCCCUCAGCCGCAGGUCAGUCCCUCAGCCGCAGGUCAGUCCCUCAGCCGCAGGUCAGUCCCUCAGCCGCAGGUCAGUCCCUCAGCCGCAGGUCAGUCCCUCAGCCGCAGGUCAGUCCCUCAGCCGCAGGUCAGUCCCUCAGCCGCAGGUCAGUCCCUCAGCCGCAGGUCAGUCCCUCAGCCGCAGGUCAGUCCCUCAGCCGCAGGUCAGUCCCUCAGCCGCAGGUCAGUCCCUCAGCCGCAGGUCAGUCCCUCAGCCGCAGGUCAGUCCCUCAGCCGCAGGUCAGUCCCUCAGCCGCAGGUCAGUCCCUCAGCCGCAGGUCAGUCCCUCAGCCGCAGGUCAGUCCCUCAGCCGCAGGUCAGUCCCUCAGCCGCAGGGCAGUCCCUCAGCCGCAGGUCAGUCCCUCAGCCGCAGGUCAGUCCCUCAGCCGCAGGUCAGUCCCUCAGCCGCAGUCAGUCCCUCAGCCGCAGGUCAGUCCCUCAGCCGCAGGUCAGUCCCUCAGCCGCAGGUCAGUCCCUCAGCCGCAGGUCAGUCCCUCAGCCGCAGGUCAGUCCCUCAGCCGCAGGCCAGUCCCUCAGCCGCAGGUCAGUCCCUCAGCCGCAGGUCAGUCCCUCAGCCGCAGGUCAGUCCCUCAGCCGCAGUCAGUCCCUCAGACGCAGGUCAGUCCCUCAGCCGCAGGUCAGUCCCUCAGCCGCAGGUCAGUCCCUCAGCCGCAGGUCAGUCCCUCAGCCGCAGGUCAGUCCCUCAGCCGCAGGUCAGUCCCUCAGCCGCAGGUCAGUCCCUCAGCCGCAGGUCAGUCCCUCAGCCGCAGGUCAGCCCCUCAGCCGCAGGUCAGUCCCUCAGCCGCAGGUCAGUCCCUCAGCCGCAGGUCAGUCCCUCAAGCCGCAGGUCAGGUUCCCUCAGCCGCAGGUCAGUCCCUCAGCCGCAGGUCAGUCCCUCAGCCGCAGGUCAGUCCCUCAGCCGCAGGUCAGUCCCUCAGCCGCAGGUCAGUCCCUCAGCCGCAGGUCAGUCCCUCAGCCGCAGGUCAGUCCCUCAGCCGCAGGUCAGUCCCUCAGCCGCAGGUCAGUCCCUCAGCCGCAGGUCAGUCCCUCAGCCGCAGGUCAGUCCCUCAGCCGCAGGUCAGUCCCUCAGCCGCAGGUCAGUCCCUCAGCCGCAGGUCAGUCCCUCAGCCGCAGGUCAGUCCCUCAGCCGCAGGUCAGUCCCUCAGCCGCAGGUCAGUCCCUCAGCCGCAGGUCAGUCCCUCAGCCGCAGGUCAGUCCCUCAGCCGCAGGUCAGUCCCUCAGCCGCAGGUCAGUCCCUCAGCCGCAGGUCAGUCCCUCAGCCGCAGGUCAGUCCCUCAGCCGCAGGUCAGUCCCUCAGCCGCAGGUCAGUCCCUCAGCCGCAGGUCAGUCCCUCAGCCGCAGGUCAGUCCCUCAGCCGCAGGUCAGUCCCUCAGCCGCAGGUCAGUCCCUCAGCCGCAGGUCAGGUCCGUCCCUUCCGCCGCAGGUCAGUCAGUCCCUCCGCCGCAGGUCAGUCCCCUCAGCCGCAGGUCAGUCCCUCAGCCGCAGGUCAGUCCCUCAGCGCAGGUCAGUCCCUCAGCCGCAGGUCAGUCCCUCAGCGCAGGUCAGUCCCUCAGCCGCAGGUCAGUCCCUCAGCCGCAGGUCAGUCCUCAGCCGCAGGUCAGUCCCUCAGCCGCAGGUCAGUCCCUCAGCCGCAGGUCAGUCCCUCAGCCGCAGGUCAGUCCCUCAGCCGCCGGUCAGUCCCUCAGCCGCAGGUCAGUCCCUCAGCCGCAGGUCAGUCCCUCAGCCGCAGGUCAGUCCCUCAGCCGCAGGUCAGUCCCUCAGCCGGCAGGUCAGUCCCUCAGCCGCAGGUCAGUCCCUCAGCCGCAGGUCAGUCCCUCAGCCGCAGGUCAGUCCCUCAGCCGCAGGUCAGUCCCUCAGCCGCAGGUCAGUCCCUCAGCCGCAGGUCAGUCCCUCAGCCGCAGGUCAGUCCCCUCAGCCGCAGGUCAGUCCCUCAGCCGCAGGUCAGUCCCUCAGCCGCAGGUACAGUCCUCAGCCGCAGGUCAGUCCCUCAGCCGCAGGUCAGUCCCUCAGCCGCAGGUCAGUCCCUCAGCCGCAGGUCAGUCCCCUCAGCCGCAGGUCAGUCCCUCAGCCGCAGGUCAGUCCCUCAGCCGCAGGUCAGUCCCUCAGCCGCAGGUCAGCCCCUCAGCCGCAGGUCAGUCCCUCAGCCGCAGGUCAGUCCCUCAGCCGCAGGUCAGUCCCUCAGCCGCAGGUCAGUCCCUCAGCCGCAGGUCAGUCCCUCAGCCGCAGGUCAGUCCCUCAGCCGCAGGUCAGUCCCUCAGCCGCAGGUCAGUCCCCAGCCGCAGGUCAGUCCCUCAGCCGCAGGUCAGUCCUCUCAGCCGCAGGUCAGUCCCUCAGCCGCAGGUCAGUCCCUCAGCCGCAGGGUCAGUCCCUCAGCCGCAGGUCAGUCCCUCAGCCGCAGGUCAGUCCCUCAGCCGCAGGUCAGUCCCUCAGCCGCAGGUCAGUCCCUCAGCCGCAGGUCAGUCCCUCAGCCGCAGGUCAGUCCCUCAGCCGCAGGUCAGUCCCUCAGCCGCAGGUCAGUCCCUCAGCCGCAGGUCAGUCCCUCAGCCCGCAGGUCAGUCCCUCAGCCGCAGUCCCUCAGCCGCAGGUCAGUCCCUCAGCCGCAGGUCAGUCCCUCAGCCGCAGGUCAGUCCCUCAGCCGCAGGUCAGUCCCUCAGCCGCAGGUCAGUCCCUCAGCCGCAGGUCAGUCCCUCAGCCGCAGGUCAGUCAGUCCCUCAGCCGCAGGUCAGUCAGUCCCUCAGCCGCAGGUCAGUCCCUCAGCCGCAGGUCAGUCCCUCAGCCGCAGGUCAGUCAGUCCCUCAGCCGCAGGUCAGUCCCUCAGCCGCAGGUCAGUCCCUCAGCCGCAGGUCAGUCCCUCAGCCGCAGGUCAGUCCCUCAGCCGCAGGUCAGUCAGUCCCUCAGCCGCAGGUCAGUCCCUCAGCCGCAGGUCAGUCCCUCAGCCGCAGGUCAGUCCCUCAGCCGCAGGUCAGUCAGUCCCUCAGCCGCAGGUCAGUCAGUCCCUCAGCCGCAGGUCAGUCCCUCAGCCGCAGGUCAGUCCCUCAGCCGCAGGUCAGUCAGUCCCUCAGCCGCAGGUCAGUCCCUCAGCCGCAGGUCAGUCCCUCAGCCGCAGGUCAGUCCCUCAGCCGCAGGUCAGUCCCUCAGCCGCAGGUCAGUCCCUCAGCCGCAGGUCAGUCCCUCAGCCGCAGGUCAGUCCCUCAGCCGCAGGUCAGUCCCUCAGCCGCAGGUCAGUCCCUCAGCCGCAGGUCAGUCCCUCAGCCGCAGGUCAGUCCCUCAGCCGCAGGUCAGUCCCUCAGCCGCAGGUCAGUCCCUCAGCCGCAGGUCAGUCCCUCAGCCGCAGGUCAGUCCCUCAGCCGCAGGUCAGUCCCUCAGCCGCAGGUCAGUCCCUCAGCCGCAGGUCAGUCCCUCAGCCGCAGGUCAGUCCCUCAGCCGCAGGUCAGUCCCUCAGCCGCAGGUCAGUCCCUCAGCCGCAGGUCAGUCCCUCAGCCGCAGGUCAGUCCCUCAGCCGCAGGUCAGUCCCUCAGCCGCAGGUCAGUCCCUCAGCCGCAGGUCAGUCCCUCAGCCGCAGGUCAGUCCCUCAGCCGCAGGUCAGUCCCUCAGCCGCAGGUCAGUCCCUCAGCCGCAGGUCAGUCCCUCAGCCGCAGGUCAGUCAGUCCCUCAGCCGCAGGUCAGUCCCUCAGCCGCAGGUCAGUCAGUCCCUCAGCCGCAGGUCAGUCCCUCAGCCGCAGGUCAGUCCCUCAGCCGCAGGUCAGUCCCUCAGCCGCAGGUCAGUCCCUCAGCCGCAGGUCAGUCCCUCAGCCGCAGGUCAGUCCCUCAGCCGCAGGUCAGUCCCUCAGCCGCAGGUCAGUCCCUCAGCCGCAGGUCAGUCCCUCAGCCGCAGGUCAGUCCCUCAGCCGCAGGUCAGUCAGUCCCUCAGCCGCAGGUCAGUCCCUCAGCCGCAGGUCAGUCCCUCAGCCGCAGGUCAGUCCCUCAGCCGCAGGUCAGUCCCUCAGCCGCAGGUCAGUCCCUCAGCCGCAGGUCAGUCAGUCCCUCAGCCGCAGGUCAGUCCCUCAGCCGCAGGUCAGUCCCUCAGCCGCAGGUCAGUCCCUCAGCCGCAGGUCAGUCCCUCAGCCGCAGGUCAGUCCCUCAGCCGCAGGUCAGUCCCUCAGCCGCAGGUCAGUCCCUCAGCCGCAGGUCAGUCCCUCAGCCGCAGGUCAGUCCCUCAGCCGCAGGUCAGUCCCUCAGCCGCAGGUCAGUCCCUCAGCCGCAGGUCAGUCCCUCAGCCGCAGGUCAGUCCCUCAGCCGCAGGUCAGUCCCUCAGCCGCAGGUCAGUCCCUCAGCCGCAGGUCAGUCCCUCAGCCGCAGGUCAGUCCCUCAGCCGCAGGUCAGUCCCUCAGCCGCAGGUCAGUCCCUCAGCCGCAGGUCAGUCCCUCAGCCGCAGGUCAGUCCUCAGCCGCAGGUCAGUCCCUCAGCCGCAGGUCAGUCCCUCAGCCGCAGGUCAGUCCCUCAGCCGCAGGUCAGUCCCUCAGCCGCAGGUCAGUCCCUCAGCCGCAGGUCAGUCCCUCAGCCGCAGGUCAGUCCCUCAGCCGCAGGUCAGUCCCUCAGCCGCAGGUCAGUCCCUCAGCCGCAGGUCAGUCCCUCAGCCGCAGGUCAGUCCCUCAGCCGCAGGUCAGUCCCUCAGCCGCAGGUCAGUCCCUCAGCCGCAGGUCAGUCCCUCAGCCGCAGGUCAGUCCCUCAGCCGCAGGUCAGUCCCUCAGCCGCAGGUCAGUCCCUCAGCCGCAGGUCAGUCCCUCAGCCGCAGGUCAGUCCCUCAGCCGCAGGUCAGUCCCUCAGCCGCAGGUCAGUCCCUCAGCCGCAGGUCAGUCCCUCAGCCGCAGGUCAGUCAGUCCCUCAGCCGCAGGUCAGUCAGUCCCUCAGCCGCAGGUCAGUCCCUCAGCCGCAGGUCAGUCCCUCAGCCGCAGGUCAGUCCCUCAGCCGCAGGUCAGUCCCUCAGCCGCAGGUCAGUCCCUCAGCCGCAGGUCAGUCCCUCAGCCGCAGGUCAGUCAGUCCCUCAGCCGCAGGUCAGUCCCUCAGCCGCAGGUCAGUCCCUCAGCCGCAGGUCAGUCCCUCAGCCGCAGGUCAGUCCCUCAGCCGCAGGUCAGUCAGUCCCUCAGCCGCAGGUCAGUCCCUCAGCCGCAGGUCAGUCCCUCAGCCGCAGGUCAGUCCCUCAGCCGCAGGUCAGUCAGUCCCUCAGCCGCAGGUCAGUCAGUCCCUCAGCCGCAGGUCAGUCCCUCAGCCGCAGGUCAGUCCCUCAGCCGCAGGUCAGUCAGUCCCUCAGCCGCAGGUCAGUCCCUCAGCCGCAGGUCAGUCCCUCAGCCGCAGGUCAGUCCCUCAGCCGCAGGUCAGUCCCUCAGCCGCAGGUCAGUCAGUCCCUCAGCCGCAGGUCAGUCCCUCAGCCGCAGGUCAGUCCCUCAGCCGCAGGUCAGUCCCUCAGCCGCAGGUCAGUCAGUCCCUCAGCCGCAGGUCAGUCCCUCAGCCGCAGGUCAGUCCCUCAGCCGCAGGUCAGUCAGUCCCUCAGCCGCAGGUCAGUCCCUCAGCCGCAGGUCAGUCCCUCAGCCGCAGGUCAGUCCCUCAGCCGCAGGUCAGUCCCUCAGCCGCAGGUCAGUCCCUCAGCCGCAGGUCAGUCCCUCAGCCGCAGGUCAGUCCCUCAGCCGCAGGUCAGUCCCUCAGCCGCAGGUCAGUCCCUCAGCCGCAGGUCAGUCCCUCAGCCGCAGGUCAGUCCCUCAGCCGCAGGUCAGUCCCUCAGCCGCAGGUCAGUCCCUCAGCCGCAGGUCAGUCCCUCAGCCGCAGGUCAGUCAGUCCCUCAGCCGCAGGUCAGUCCCUCAGCCGCAGGUCAGUCCCUCAGCCGCAGGUCAGUCCCUCAGCCGCAGGUCAGUCCCUCAGCCGCAGGUCAGUCCCUCAGCCGCAGGUCAGUCCCUCAGCCGCAGGUCAGUCAGUCCCUCAGCCGCAGGUCAGUCCCUCAGCCGCAGGUCAGUCCCUCAGCCGCAGGUCAGUCCCUCAGCCGCAGGUCAGUCCCUCAGCCGCAGGUCAGUCCCUCAGCCGCAGGUCAGUCAGUCCCUCAGCCGCAGGUCAGUCCCUCAGCCGCAGGUCAGUCCCUCAGCCGCAGGUCAGUCCCUCAGCCGCAGGUCAGUCAGUCCCUCAGCCGCAGGUCAGUCCCUCAGCCGCAGGUCAGUCCCUCAGCCGCAGGUCAGUCAGUCCCUCAGCCGCAGGUCAGUCCCUCAGCCGCAGGUCAGUCCCUCAGCCGCAGGUCAGUCCCUCAGCCGCAGGUCAGUCCCUCAGCCGCAGGUCAGUCAGUCCCUCAGCCGCAGGUCAGUCCCUCAGCCGCAGGUCAGUCCCUCAGCCGCAGGUCAGUCCCUCAGCCGCAGGUCAGUCAGUCCCUCAGCCGCAGGUCAGUCAGUCCCUCAGCCGCAGGUCAGUCCCUCAGCCGCAGGUCAGUCCCUCAGCCGCAGGUCAGUCAGUCCCUCAGCCGCAGGUCAGUCCCUCAGCCGCAGGUCAGUCCCUCAGCCGCAGGUCAGUCCCUCAGCCGCAGGUCAGUCCCUCAGCCGCAGGUCAGUCCAGGUCCGUCCCUCAGCCGCAGGUCAGUCCUCAGCCGCAGGUCAGUCCCUCAGCCGCAGGUCAGUCCCUCAGCCGCAGGUCAGUCCCUCAGCCGCAGGUCAGUCCCUCAGCCGCAGGUCAAGUCCCCUCAAGCCGCAGGUCAGUCCCUCAGCCGCAGGUCAGUCCCUCAGCCGCAGGAAGUCAGUCCCUCGAAAGCCGCAGGUCAGUCAGUCCCUCAGCCGCAGGUCAGUCAGUCCCUCAGCCGCCAGGUCAGUCAGUCCCUCAUCAGCAGGCAGUCAGUCCCUCAGGCGGCGCAGCAGUCAGGUCAGUCCCUCAGCCGCAGGUCAGUCCUCAGCCGCAGGUUCAGCCCUCAGCCGCAGGGCAGUCAGUCCCUCAGCCGCAGGUCAGUCCCUCAGCCGCAGGUCAGUCCCUCAGCCGCAGGUCAGUCCCUCAGCCGCAGGUCAGUCCCUUCAGCCGCAGGUCAGUCCCUAGCCGCAGGUCAGUCCCUCAGCCGCAGGUCAGUCCCUCAGCCGCAGGUCAGUCCCUCAGCCGCAGGUCAGUCCCUCAGCCGCAGGUCAGUCCCUCAGCCGCAGGUCAGUCCCUCAGCCGCAGGUCAGUCCCUCAGCCGCAGGUCAGUCCCUCAGCCGCAGGUCAGUCCCUCAGCCGCAGGUCAGUCCCUCAGCCGCAGGUCAGUCCCUCAGCCGCAGGUCAGUCCCUCAGCCGCAGGUCAGUCCCUCAGCCGCAGGUCAGUCCCUCAGCCGCAGGUCAGUCCCUCAGCCGCAGGUCAGUCCCUCAGCCGGUCAGUCAGUCCCUCAGCCGACAGGUCAGUCCCUCAGCCGCAGGUCAGUCCCUCAGCCGCAGGUCAGUCCCUCAGCCGCAGGUCAGGUCCCUCAGCCGCAGGUCAGGUCCGUCCCUCAGCCGCAGGUCAGUCCGUCCCUCAGCCGCAGGUCAGGUCAGUCCCUCAGCCGCAGGUCAGUCAGUCCCCCUCAGCCGCAGGUCAGUCAGUCCCUCAGCCGCAGGUCAGUCAGUCCCUCAGCCGCAGGUCAGUCAGUCCCUCAGCCGCAGGUCAGUCAGUCCCUCAGCCGCAGGUCAGUCAGUCCCUCAGCCGCAGGUCAGUCCCUCAGCCGCCGGUCAGUCCCUCAGCUGCAGGUCAGUCCCUCAGCCGCAGGUCAGUCCCUCAGCCGCAGGUCAGUCCCUCAGCCGCAGGUCAGUCCCUCAGCCGCAGGUCAGUCCCUCAGCCGCAGGUCAGUCCCUCAGCCGCAGUGGCGUUUGUUGGAUGCGCACAGCGAGGGUGCAUGAUGCAGUGUCUUGUCUUGUCUUUCCAGGCUGUGCCUGCGCCCUUGACCGCCCUUCCCUCGGGGCAUCUCCCCCACUCCACCGCCCUCGGGCCAUGUCCUCCACUCCACCGCCCUCCCACACUGCUGCUCGCCCUCCGCCACCUCUUCGCACUCCUCCACCCUCAUCUCUCAACCCUCACCCCUCCCCACUCAUCCCUCUCUCUUCACCCCUCGGCACUUGUCUCCUUUCCAUCGCCCAUUCCUUCCCAUCCCUCAUCUCUCACCCGUCCAAUCCAUCACCUCUUCCUGUUGCGCUUCUCUCUCCCCUCCACGCACCUCCCCUCUCUCAACUCUCUCUCUCCACCCCACCCCACCCCACCCCACCCCACCCCACCCCGCCUCGUGUCGUGUGUGCGGCAUGGGAGCAGGCGGGUGCGGGACCUGGAGCGGUAUGUGUGGACGGUGAACCAGGGGGUCAACGAGGAGGAGGUCAUGACGUCACUCUCGGAGGACAUCCAGAGGGACGUGCGCCGCCACCUCUCCUACGAGCUCAUCACCCAGGUAGGUUCAGCUCCUGUCCAUCCAAUCCACCCCGCCGCAUCUCCUCCUCCCCGUCCAACCUUCCACGUCAUGCCUCCCUGCUCCCCAAGUCCCUCCAUCGCCUUAUGCCUCCCUGACUCCCUGCCUCACCUGGUCCCCCAUCUCGCUCCCCUCCCCCCCCCCCUGCGUGCGCAGCACUGUGUGCUGCUGAAGGGCAUGCCAGAGCAGGUGCUGGACGCCAUCUGCGAGCGCCUGAAGCAGCGCCUCUACAUCGACGGCACGCUCGUGCUGCGCGAGGGCUCGCCCGUGUCGCGCAUGUUCUUCGUGCUGCGCGGCACGCUGCAGAGCUCCACGACCAACGGCGGGCGCACAGGGUUCUACGAGGAGGUGCUGCUGGGGAAGGGGCAGUUUGUGGGCGAGGAGCUGCUCGUCUACUUCAUUGAAAAGUACGCCGAGGUCUCCAAGAAACAAAGCUCCCGCCGCUCCCUCCGCCGUGAGUCCCCUUCCACCCACUCCUGCGAUGUGAAGGUGGGGUCGGCGGUGAUGCCGGAGAUGCUGCCCAAGUCGGAGCGCACCUUCUGCUGCAUCGGCCCCGUGGAGGGCUUCUCGCUGGAGGCGGUAGACAUUGACUUCGUGUGCACGCAGUUCUUCACCGUCAUGCAGUCCGACCAAGUGCAGCACGCCCUCAACGAGUGCUCGUUGAACCGGCGCAUGCGGGCAGCCACCACCAUCCAGGUGUGGUACCGCUCGGUGCUGCGGCGGCGCCUGAAGCUGCCCAUCGACGUCAUGCGGCAGGCCAUCCGCACCAAGCGCAUCGGCAACCUCCUGCGCUCCCUGCGCUCCCAGGCCUCCAAUGAGGCCGGCUCUGGCUUGCAUCCCCGUGGGGGGGACGGCUCCGUGGGAAAAGGCUCGGGCAGCGAGCACGGGUCGGCGGAGCAUGGGCCUGGCAGGGGCAAGCAGGCGAGCCCAGACAAAAGGAGUGGCAGUGGCAAGGGGGGGCGCGUGGUGUUUGAGCCCAAGGAUAAGGAGAAGGGAAGUGCGAAACGGGGCAAGGUGUAUCGUGCACUGAGGUCGCUGGGAGGGGGAGGCAGGACAUCAGAGAGCCAUGGCAGCGAGGAGGAAGAGGCGGAAGGAGGUGAGAAGAAAGAAGUCACAGCUGCAGAAGCAGGAGGUGACGAGAAAGGUGAGAAUCAAGUAACCGAGGAAAAUGUUGGAGGUGGUGAUGCAAACAGCGUACAGGAAGAAGGCCUUCCCAAGUGA